AAAAGAAAUUGGCGACGCGUUUUAACAAUUAUAAGUUGGAAAAAUAUUAAAGAAAAUUUAAGAAAACUGUGUUAAUUUUUAUUGAAUUUAAAUAUUAAAGAAAUCUUUAGAUUUCAAUGUGAAUUAUUAAUGAAAAUAGUGAUUUAAGCCACGUCAUUGUGGAUGUACUUUACGGGAAAAACGGCAGCUUAACACAAUUUUACUUUUUUUAUUAUAAGUUUUUUUUCCAAACCAUUGUUCCUCACACAUACACACAUCAGAGACGUGUCUAAACCUCAAAAAAGUCCAAAAGAGCCUGACUCAGCUAUUUAGCGAACGUAUUUCAAACAAAAAAAAUCUUAUAUACAAGAAUAUAUGUAAAUUAAAAUAAUCAACUAUUUUGCAAGACGGAUUAAAGGAUACUUAAAGAAGACAUCCAAGUGGAUUCCUUGUAAAGCCAACCACCCAAAAUUUAACCUGCCAAGCAAAACAUACAAACAAAACAAGUUUAUACUAAAGUCAGCCACAAAGAGGUCAAAGAAUAUAAACAUCCAAACGUGUUUUAUUAAGAAAUAUAUACAUAUUUAAAGUAUCAAAAGUAUUCGAAUAUUUUUUCUUCUAAAAAAAUAUUACCAACAAGCAAAGCAACAGGAAAAACAUACCGAGUUAUUAUAUAAUAUUUAUAUCAUUCAAUAAGCUCCUCUCCCGAAAAAUUAGAAUAAUUUUUACUAAUGAUACUACUGCAUACUAAAAUAAUUAUUAUUUAAAAGUAAAACAAACGUUUUAGCGUUAGUUGUGUGAGACUAAGGACCUAAGGAAACAGAAACUGAAACAGUAUAUCAUCAAUUUUAUAUAUAUACGUGUAUAUAAUCCAUAUAUUAAUUAAAAUAAAUGUGUGUGUUUGUAAGCAAGAGGAUUAUUAAUAACAAAUCAUAUAACUACGACAACAAUAAUCGCAACAGCAACAUCAACAGUUACUGGAACAGUGCUAAAAACUGCAAAAGAUAUCGCAAUUACACUUAGAACAGAAAGAUAUAAGCAGCAGCUGCAACGGUGUUGCAGAAACGCAACUCAAAACUCCAUAGGAGCAAACAAUUUUGGAAAAUUAUUAAUAUUAAAUACUUGUAUACAUUUUUAACAAGCAACCGUGAAUCAACAAUCAUACAACAGCAAUAAAUACAUAAAAAACAAAAAAUCAUACAAACAAACAGAGCAGAUCUGAGUGAGAUACGUGUAUAUUCAAUCUCAAUUAGCUCCUAAAGUUUAAAAUAAACAAAAAUCAAAGGCUGCUGUCCCUUGGAAAACAAAACAAAAAGUAGAAAAAACAAGGGCAAAGAAGAAAAGCUCAGGGGAAUAAAAACAGUUGUAUCAACAUUCAACAAUUUUAAAACAUAAAUAAUAAUAAAAAAAAUACAUAACUAUAGGCUAAGUAACUUGAAAUCUAUUUCAAACUAUAGAAUACAAUAUUAUAGAUAGAUAGCGUAGCCAAAUCCAAUUAUAAAUUUAACACAAACAUCCAUCCAACCAUAAACCAACAACACCACAAAACAGAAAUUCUAACCACAAUGGACGAGACACAGCCGAAAACGUUGUAUGUAGGGAAUUUGGAUGCAUCCGUGUCUGAGGACUUAUUAAUUGCUCUAUUUAGUCAAAUGGGCUCAGUGAAAGGUUGUAAAAUUAUACGCGAGCCCGGCAACGAUCCCUAUGCUUUUAUCGAAUAUUCAUCUUAUCAAUCAGCCACGACCGCCUUAACCGCCAUGAAUAAACGUUUAUUUCUUGAUAAAGAAAUUAAGGUUAACUGGGCCACUAGUCCUGGCAAUCAGCCGAAAACAGACAUUAGUUCACAUCACCAUAUCUUUGUGGGCGAUCUAAGUCCUGAAAUAGAAACCGAAAGUUUACGCGAAGCAUUUGCUCCAUUUGGAGAGAUCUCUAACUGCCGCAUUGUACGUGAUCCGCAAACCAUGAAGUCGAAAGGUUAUGCCUUCGUAUCGUUCGUUAAAAAGGCAGAAGCGGAAAAUGCAAUACAAUCGAUGAAUGGCCAGUGGAUUGGUUCACGUUCCAUACGUACCAACUGGUCGACGCGCAAGUUAGCACCACCACGCGAAAGCAGUAAAACCAAUGCGGGCGGCGGUGGUGGAGGUCUAAAAAACAACUCACGACAAACUUUCGAAGAGGUCUACAAUCAGUCAAGUCCCAUGAAUACCACAGUCUAUUGUGGUGGCUUUCCGCCAAACGUGAUUACCGAUGAACUUAUGCACAAGCAUUUCAUGCAAUUCGGUCAUAUACAAGAUAUUCGUGUCUUCAAAGACAAAGGCUAUUCCUUCAUCAAGUUUGUUACAAAAGAAUCGGCUGCCCGAGCCAUCGAACACACACACAAUUCCGAAGUGCUCGGCAAUACGGUCAAGUGUUUCUGGGGCAAAGAGAAUGGCGGCCUCAGCGUGGCUGUCAACAAUGAUAAUCAGAUGAAUAAUAUGGCAGCCGCAUCAGCAGGUGCUGCUGCUGCUGCGGCGGCUGCAGCUGCUGCUGGAGCUAUAAUUGGUCCCGGUGGUAUGCCAACAACACAACAACAAGCAGCCGCACAAGCGGCAGCAAAUGCAGCAGCUGCUGCUGGUGCCACGAUACCCGGACAAAUGAUGACACAACAACAACUUGCCGCUGCUGCUGCAGCAGUACAAUAUCCUUAUGCGACGGCAUAUCAACAAAUGGGUUAUUGGUAUCCACCAGCGGGCUACCAAGCAGCGCAAAUGCAAACGCAAUAUAUGCAACAGGGAUACUAUCCAUACGCGUAUGCAGCAAGUGCGCAACAAGCUGGAGGCAUGCCUGCUGGUUACAGAAUGGUUCAGCCGAAUGUAGCUUGGGGAGUACCAGGAACAGUAGUACCCGGUGUUACAGCAGCAGCCACAGCAGCAAAUGGUUCCCUGGGGCCUCAAAUGAUGUAUAGCGCUGCAAUGCCACAAUAUCAGACCCAAUGAAGCUACUAAACUAGAGCAUGUUUUGUACAAAUUUUGUUAGAGCCAAAACAAAAUUAUUCACGAGUGUUGUUUUUUUUUUACUUGUCAUGAACGGACAAGAACAAAUGUGUAUUCGGACAAAUGAACAAGUGUGAUGUUGUAUUAUUAAGAUAUAAAAAAAAAACUAAAAUAAUUUAAAAAAGUGAGAGAAAAACACAUUUUAAAUGUUUGUGAACACUCUGAAAACAUUUCUAUUUUACAACUUGUACACAAACAUGCCUAAACAACCAUUUUCAAAAUGCUGUAUGUCAAAAGAAAAACAAUUUGACUUGAGAUCAAUCAUUUUUUAUGUGUGCGUCAAAGAAUAAGAAGAACCAGAACCCCACAGGAAACAAUCGAUAUAAAUUUAUAUGAAUGAGACACAAAACAUAAAAGAUAAAUAAUAUGAAAACAGAAAAACAAAACAGAAGAAAACCACAACAAACAAAUCUCUCUCGCUAUAUUCCUUGAUUGUUUGCGAAUAAUACAAAAUAUAUGUAAAUUACUUACGUACGUGCGUAUAUAUUUUCACCAACAACAAACACACCACAAUAAUUAAAAAUUUGCUGGCACCAUCAUGCCUGCCUACUAAGAAUAUGAAGACCAACAUAUUGUUACACCAGCUCCAGUUUCAUUCAGUUCAUCCCUACAACUGCAGACAAGUCGAUUGUGUCAAAUCAAACGAUUGCUUUAAUAUCAAAAUAAUUUUUAUACAUUUAAUUUUAAACACUUUCAACAUAACUACACUUUACCAUCUUCCACAUUACAUAUAACUUCUACCUACCACCUACCUAACUACAAAACAAAAAGUCUUGGGAAGAAUUAUUUUGUGAAUCAAAAAAAAAAAAAUCAAUUGCUUUUGACGAAAGAAACUUAAAAUCAAAAUUUCUCCCAUUUCACUUUUAUUUAUUACAACUGCUUUAUUUAUUGUGUGAAAGAACUAGCAUUCGAUUAAACAACGAAAAUACUUCAUCGUUAUUUUCAACUUUCUGUUUAAAAUGCAAUUGGACAACAAGAUCAACAACAAAUUGUAAUUAUUUUAUGAUAAUUCAUCAUUGAUUCUUGCAACCACAAUACUUUACAACUUUUUGAUUCUAAAGCGAAUCAUAUUCUCCCAACGUCCUCUCUUCCUCCUCCUAUACGUCACCAUAUAUAUAUCUUGUACUAUUCGCUUACAAUCUCAAAACAAACAAAUAAAAAACAAAAAACAUAGAUGUUAGGUCGUUGUUAAUUAAAUUAUAUUUAAAAUAAAAAAGAAUAAUUAUAAUAAAAAUAAUAAAAAAAAAUCUUAAAAAUAAACUGCAAAGAAAACUUUAUUGCAAGAAUGAAGAAAACUAUAGAAAACAAAACCAACAACAACAAAAAACAACAAGUGAUAGUAUAAACUAAGGAAUCUGUCACUGUUUCGUCCUUUUUCACAUUUUAUUAAUAUUAUAUUGUCGUUACCAUCUAUCUCUCAUUUCUUUGCUUAGCAAACAAAAAAGAAACUGAUUAAUUAGUCAUAAAUCAUAAAAUAUUUUUUCUACAAAAAAUUGUAAUUUAUGUAUCUAAAACAAAACAAAAUCUUUACAACAAAAUUUCGUGUGAGGCAACCAAAACACCAACAACAAAAAAAAUUAAA